AUGGUACUUUUCACGCAAAGUUAUGUGAGCUACUUUAAAUCUGAUAGCGAUGAUAUAAAGCAUUUUAUCGUUGAGCACACGGAGAUUGUCAGGAAACACAGUUUAACCCCAGAAAUAAGUUUGAGGCUCUUUACACCUAACUGUCGGUUCUGGCACGAGAGACCAGAACUGUGGCCCUUUCCAGAACCCUACUGGGCCAUAUACUGGCCUGGAGGUCAGGCACUCUCGAGGUAUCUGUUAGACAAUCCUGACGUGUCUCGCGGUAAAAGAGUGUUGGAUCUUGGUUGCGGCUGCGGAGCUUCAGCUAUUGCAGCCAAACUCAGUGGGGCAGACCAUGUAGUAGCUAACGACAUAGAUGAAGUUGCAGCAAUUGCCACCCAGCUGAACUGUGAACUGAACAGCCUGGAGCAACUACCCUGUGUUACUGAUAACCUGAUUGGCUCAGACCUGGUAAACUGGGACCUCAUUCUACUGGGAGACAUGUUCUAUGACCAGUCUCUCGCUGACAGCCUACAUCACUGGCUCCACAAGUGUAUUAAGACUCAUGGCACUCGGGUCCUUAUUGGAGAUCCAGGACGGGCCCAGUUUGAGAGCCACGACAUCCGGAGACUGUUGCUGAAGAAGGCUAAGUUUGAGCUUCCUGAUUCUGUCAGAGAGGAGAACUAUGGUCUGACUAGUAGCACUGUGUGGUGUUACACACCUGACCUAUGA